AUGUAAUUGACGUUAAUUCAAAAAAAUCUUUUAACUAAUAAUAUAUCAGAAAUUUAUAAUUUUGGUACAGAUGCAUAACCAAAUUUUUAUUAUGUUACUAAUUUUUACACUCCAUUAAUUGCUUUUAAUGAUAUUAUUUAUUUUUACAUUUUUGAUGAUGACUGCUAGCCUUUUUCUAUCAGCUAAAGAAAAUUUAUCUACAAAUCUGUAACUAUGCAAUUCUCUGUAUUUGACUAUCCUUACUUUAAUUACUAAAAAACAGGAGAAAUCUUCAUAUUUUACUAGUCCCUUAUUUAAGUCUAUACCUUUGAUUUAUCUCGAAAUGAGCUCUAUAAUUUCGGUAUAAAUUAUCCAUAAAGCUUUAAUGAUAAUACAGUUUAAGUUUUUAAUGACAGAUAUGUUUUUUAUUAUGAUCAAAGCUAUUUUUAUAGAUUCGACAUGGAAUUAAAGCAAUUUACAAUAAUGCAUGCUAAAACUGAUGUCGCUUUGUAUGGAAAAAAUGCUAUUUAGUUUUAUUUUUUAGAUGAAAAUUUGUAAUACAUCAAAAAGUCUAAUAAUAUAAUAGAUACAAAUAAUAUGGUUAUUAUUAUGAGUUAACUCGAAGAUUGCUCUCUAUUAGGGAAUAUAGAUAUUGAUGAUAAUACUAAAAUUCAUAGUUUUUUAUCUUAAGAUGGAGUUUUUUGGAUUAAUAAUUUAUUCAACAAUCCAUUUAGCAUAUAUAAUUUUACAUAAAAUUAUGUAAUUUAAGACAUUAAUUUACAAAAUAAUAAAAUUGCAGUCUAUGAUAAUUCCACAUAAAAUUUAAUCAUUUACGACGUUAUAAAAACUAAUAAUGAAUUAGUUGUAAUAAAUUUAAAUUUUAUAUUUGAUCUCUCAAUAGCUAUUGUUGAUUGGAAUUUAGUAUCCUUCAUAUGGGCAAAGGAAAAUAUCUUUUAUCUAUAAAGCACAUAAAAUGAACCAUAGGUAUCAAUAAUCUUAAAAUUAGAAUCUAAUAUUCUUAAGUACUAAUACUGUUCAAAUUAGUAAACUUUAGUCGCUCUCACUUCUUAAAAUAAGAUUUAUUCAAUAAAUGUAUUGACAAAGAAAUAUAAAUUGGUAUAAUAUAGCAACUUAACAUCUUAACCUAGCUUUUUUGUUCAGUGUGAAGAUAGUUUGAUAGUAUUUUACUAUAAGUAUGUUGAAAUUUUUGAUUUGGUUUCAGCAUAAAUAUCAGAAUCCUUUUAAUAGAAUUUAACAGGACUUUAAAAUUAAUCACUAUUUGUUUGA